AUGCAAAUCAAAUGGCUCUGCAGUUGUUCCCGAGAAACAAAAUCUAUCCACGAUCUUAACUUAUGUCGAAAAUGCCAUCGCAUAUCCUGCAAUUGGUGCCAAAAGUCAGAACUCGUGGUGAAGUUUUGUUCGGGUUGUCACACGGUUAGCGAGGAUGGGAACCGAACUAGAUGCGUAAAGAAUUGUCUCGAGUGUCCUAGAUGCCAAAAUCAAAUAUCGGUGUCAGCAGAUCGACGACAAAAUGCUAGCGAGCAGCAUCUGCUACUGAGAUGCUACGGCUGUGGGUGGAACCAUAAGCUGAAUAAAAUAAGUGAGGCCAGAGCACAGGGACUGGCUUGCUAUUUCGAAUCCAUGCGGGAAAAAUUGGACCCAAAAGCCAUGAGGUUCAGGAACUUGCAGGCUUUUUACAACACCAAGCGAAAGCUGGAGAAAAUCCAAAAUAGUAGCGAGCAGGGUAUACUGGAUACUUUGGAUGAAAUGACGUCUCGAGACCUAGCUCGCAGACUUCAAUCUGUAAAGCUGUUCGAGCUGAUAAAUGAAGAGAUGGCAAUACCGAUGGUGUCGUUGCCGGAGGACAAAGCGCUCGAGACGCUCUCUUCAUUACCGCGCGCACGUCGUUUGAGGCCCAAAUACAACUAUCGGUGUCCCCAGUGCGAAAAUUUUUUAGUGAAGGUACACCCUGACCCGAAAUCCUCAAGAUUGGUGCUGGAGUCUUUUGCUGCUCGGCAAUUGCCCAGUCUGAAAGCCGUCCCACUUGCCACGGUUAUUCCUUCGCAGCCGUUCAACGCUCAAAAUAUUGCUCUUGUUUUCAGAGCUAGUGAAACGGCAAGUGGUGGCACGAACGUCUCUUUGUUGGGAUCAGCAACCACAUAUUUGCCUGUCCGCGAAUUUACACUGGAAAUCGAGAAGGGCACUUUGCGGGCACAGGCCCCAAAAAAAGAUAUACAAUUGUUUGCUGCACGUAUUCCAACUUAUCAAUUGAAUCGCAGCAGUUUUGCUCUCGAGCAAGUCAAUCGAUUGCCAGAAGCUCAACCGUUGCAAACUGUCUCGCCGUCUACAGAAAACCCAAGUCCUCCUACAGAGAUUAUAGAAAAAGGCAAUGGAUGGGCUAUAGUUCCCUUAUACCUUCUUGAAGCUCAAAAAACCCAUCAACUGCAGUUAACGGUGUCCAUGAACGAAACAUACGUAACAUUUCAGACAAUUCUAUAUGUAUAG